AUGAAGGAACAAGUGUUCUGCGUGAUUCCUGAAGGCGUCGAACUUGACAGUACGUUCGACUGUCUGGAAUUGGCGAAGGCACUUUACGGCCUGAAGCAAGCUUUGCGAGUAUGGAACGAGACUUUUGACGAGUGUGUGUGUUCCAUUGGAUUUCAAGUGUCAGGCUUCGACCCAUGUCUCUACAUCAAGACUUCGGACGGCCAUUGCGUGUUUAUACUGGUCUACGUGGACGACGUCUUGGUGACUGGAAGCUCGCUCGCGCUGAUUGCACAAACCAAGAACGACCUGAAGACGCGGUUCGAAAUGACGGACAGCGGCAAGUGUGCGUUUGUUCUUGGGAUCGAGCUUUUGGAUGGUGCAGAUGGAAGCGUGACAAUGUGUCAGCGUCGGUAUGUCGAUGAUAUCCUCAAGCGCUUUGGCAUGGAUGAUUGCAAGGCAGUCGCAAGUCCAGUCGACAUGAGCUCUCGACUUGUUUCAAGUGAUGCAACUACCAAGGUCGAUGCUCCUUUUCGCGAAGCUGUUGGUGCGUUGAUGCACCUGACCACUGCAACGCGUCCGGACAUUGCGUUUGCUGUGGGCUAUGUGUCGCGGUUCAUGGAAAAUCCCCAAGAAGAACACUGGGUUGCAGUUAAGCGUAUCUUUCGCUACCUACAAGGCACCAAGACGCAUGGAAUUUGCUACAAGCCAAGUGCAAGGAUCGACUUCCGUGGAUAUUCGGAUGCGGAUUGGGCUGGUGAUCUUACCGACCGCAAGUCAACAUCGGGGUACACGUUCAUGCUACUCGGUGCGCCAGUCAGUUGGGGCAGCAAGAAGCAGCCAAGUGUUUCGUUGUCCACGAGUGAAGCCGAAUACGUCGCACUCAGCUUGGCGAUUCAAGAGGGCAAGUGGAUUCAUCGUCUGCUUUGUGAGAUCGUGAUGGCUGCCAAUGAAGAAGGACCGGAACUCAUGAUCCAUGAAGACAAUCAGUCGUGUAUCAAGAUGACGAAGAACCCAGUCAACCACGGCCGUGCCAAGCACAUUGAUAUCAAGUACCAUCACAUCCGUGAUGAGGUUGUUGACGGUCAUCGGUUUUCUACCAGUAUUGGUAACCGUGACCGAUCCAAUCCGAACCGCCUGUUCAGCUUAGUAUUUACGACGUAG